AGUUGAGCCCAUACAUUCUUUUCUUUUCCCAAACUUCAAUAUAUUUUGCCGUUCCAUGUCUCAAAUCAUCGAAAGCCGAGUGCUUAACUUCGUCAUUCACUUAACCCCGAACCUCAACCCUUAUCGUGCAACAGCUGAUUAUAUCGACACCUUCCUUCUGCCAUGUCCUCUGCCGUCUUGGUCCCGUUACGUGCAAGGCUUUCUGGUAUUGGGGUUGAUAAUAAUGUUCCUUCAAUCAGCCUACAUUAUCUAUCUUCGCUCCAAGACAAAGAAAAUGUAUCAUAUUGGUUUGAAUGCAGUGGGACUCAUACAACUUGAUCGUGCGAACCACUGUGGAUUGUGCUACUUGCUAUAUAGUAUAUUUGCAAUGGCAGAGAUCGUAUGUUACCAAUUCGCACAAUCUGGUCAUUUGGACGAGGGAUGGCCAAAUUUCUUACUAGGCAUUAAGGUUUUGGUUUCGAUUGCAUGUGCCUGGUGAGCGUGAUCUUAUGGCUGUGCAUCUGUCAUUUUGUCUUUGUCAGACAGAGAGCUGUCUCAGACGAUUUAGCCCCGAAGGGACGAUUGCUCUCAACCACUGCAACAUGGGCACUGAAUAUAUCUUUGGUGAUGAUCAUCUUAGUACCAAGUGCAGUCAUUGUCACCGUUUGCUCCCAACUUACCUAUGAAUAUGGUCGUGUGAGACAAGUGGUGAUGCCUGUCACCAAACAUUUACGGCAUUUGGCGCACAAUUGCACCUCAGGAAGAUGUAGCGUGAAUCAUGUUGCAUCCCAAGUCAUUGUACUCACGCGCGCCGUGCAUCACAUUGAUCGUUUGGUACAUGACACAACGGCCAGUAUAUACUUUUAUGUGUUCUGUGAUGCAUUGAGUUUUUUGUUUUAUGUCCCAUUUGUAUAUCUAUUAUUUCAAAGCUUCAAGACUCAACGAGGAUCGGAUCAUUCGACAAAACGACAAACAGGUGGUGUCUUUUCUAACACCGUGAUAGAAGUGGUAAUGAUAUUCUUACGUGUCGUGUUAGGUGUCUGUGCAAUUCGUUUAAUUCGCAAUGGUGAAUUCAUCAUGGACGCAAACUUUUGGCUUAUCCUUCGCAUUGGUAUAACUAGUACCAUUUCAACCUUAGGAAACAUCACCUUGUUCUUGAUCUUAGACAGUCUCAGGAAGAAUGAUACCAUUGACCCCGCGACUCGAAUCUCCCUCUCAAGGUUCACAAGACUCAUGCCAAUAGGUACCCAUAAAUCUGAUGGAAAGUCUUUGGUAUGAUAUUCACAUCCAGAGACUUUGACUUUGAUUGUGACUUUAGUAUUCUCUUCCUCGAUCAGAUUUCAUAUUUUUCACAGCUCUGAAAUCGUAAUCUAUCUCAAUUUCUAACUUUCAUUACAAUCAACUUGUAUCAUUCCUUGAAGCUUCAGUACACUUUUAAGAUGUGUUAUUGGAGUUUUUAAAUAAUCACUCUCAUUUUCUCUUUACCCAUCACAAAGUUAAAUAUGUAUGAAGCCGAUAUUUGGACACCAUUCAUUCAAUUUGAUAUCUAUUAGUAUGGUUCAAGUCAAAUGAAAAUUGUGAUGAGAUG